CCCUAUAAAAAGCAAGAACCCUGCGACCGCCUAUCAGUGAAACCUAUGAAAAAUUGCCGCUGCUUGCGGGCAAAGUAUCUGCCUUUUAAAGAUGACUCGUUUGUGGACGUGAAGCAAGAGGAGCACGAAAGAAGGAUGCAGGGAUGUUCUCACACAACUUCUGGGAUGCUUUAUAUUGUGCAAUUUUGCAACUGGUAUGCCCGCGGCUGAUUUUUAUUUUUCUUAGAGAGCGAAGUUUGAGAAUUAGAAUGAAGCACAAAGACAUUUUUGCAUGUUGCCAUACGAAAACAUCCACGAACGUUUGUCUGCACCUGAUGCUGGAGCUGACCGAAAUCAUGAAGCGCAGAAAAUACUGCUUUAUUUUCAAAAUAUGAAAACGUAUGUCUGCUGGGAUGGAGCGCAGCGGUCAUUUCAAACCAACACCUGGCCAUUUCGAGGUUUUGAACAGCUCGACCAGCACCAAUGUGACUUUAACGCCUAAAACGGACGAAAAACAAGAAAGUUUCGCGUUCCAAGUCACCUUAGCAUCCGUUCUUGGUCUCAUCACUCUUGCAACGAUAUUAAGCAAUGCGUUUGUCAUCGCCACCAUUUCCCAAUCCAGAAAGCUCCAGACACCGGCGAACUUCUUGAUCGCGUCCCUGGCCGUCACGGACCUUCUGGUGUCUGUGCUCGUGAUGCCCAUUUGCGUGCUUUACACGGUUACUCACGUGUGGACGCUCGGGCAGGUUAUCUGCGACAUCUGGCUGUCCUCAGAUAUUACCUGUUGCACCGCGUCCAUCCUUCACCUCUGCGUAAUCGCCUUGGAUCGAUACUGGGCUAUAACGGACGCGGUCGAGUAUGCCAAGAAACGCACCCAAGCGCGCGCCGCGGGGAUGGUGGCGACCGCCUGGAUCAUCGCCAUCUCCAUCUCCCUGCCGCCUUUCUUCUGGCGACAGGUGAAGGCAGGGGAGCUCACCACCUGCUCGGUCAACACGGACCACAUCUUCUACACCAUCUACUCCACUUUCGGAGCUUUCUACAUCCCCACGCUGCUGCUCAUCGCCCUGUACGGGCGGAUUUACGUGGAGGCGCGGAAGCGCAUUUUGAAGCAGUCGCCCAAAAAAGCGGGGAAAAGACUCACUUCUGCACAUCUGAGCACUAAUUCUCCCGCUUCGGUGGCUUCGACUUCUCCUUUGCAUUGUGGAAGGCAAGACCUGUGCUCGGACAGCGGGUCUCUGGGCAGUGACAAUCAAAUUAGAGUAACUGUGUCCGAUUCACUUCUGGAGAAAAAGAGAAUCUCGGCUGCGCGGGAGAGGAAAGCCACCAAAACCCUGGGCGUUAUUUUAGGAGCCUAUAUUGUGUGCUGGCUGCCGUUUUUCAUCUACACACUGCUGGUUCCCCUUUGUCCAUCCUGCUUUUACGUAGAACUCUUUGACUUUUUCAACUGGCUUGGCUAUAUCAACUCACUAAUCAAUCCAAUAAUAUACACCAUGUCGAAUGACGACUUUAAAAAAGCUUUUCACAAACUCAUCAGCUUUAGAUGUUGCAGACGAUAGUGCAAUAGAUAAAUAAGUAAGGAAUAAUGGUCAGUCAGUCGGUCAAUAUCACUCCACUGUUGAAUGCUCCAUUCUGAUUGGCUGACAGACAUUCUAAGGUGUUGAUUGUUGUUCUGCACCUGCAGGGAUUUGAAGCAGUUCCAGUUCAUUACAACCACAUAUUAUUAUUUCAGGGCUUUUUUUCAGCAUACCAAACAAAUACACGGCCAAUCAGAUAAAAGACAGACAACGGGAUCAAAAUGACAAAUUAUUUAGAUUUUGUCUAAACUAAUUAAUCUAAUAGCCUCGCUGUUUGUAAUUAUGCUGCUGCCUAUUAACAUUGCCGAGAGCUGCAGCAGACGCAGGUAAUCACAGGCGCGCUCCCGCCCUCUUGCUUUUUCUGUCACACACACACAACCUUGGUUACUUCAAUAACUGCUUAGAAACAGCCCAAGGCUUGGUUACUAGUUCAAAAAGCGACACUUUCGAAUUAACAACGAUGGUUUCAAAGAAAGAACAAAUGAAAAAAUUAGUGUUUUAGGAAUGAAAACCUGAAAAAUGUGCUGAGGUAACAGCAGCCAUUGUGUAACUCAAGCAAUUAACAUUCACGUCAUGGCGUAUUAUGUGGGAACAUGUGACUGCACAUCAUACAUGGUUACUUAUCAAAUUAAUAAUAUAUAUAUAUAAUAUCAACAUCAAUUCUUGGCGAAAUGAUGGCCAAUCUUUUUCAUAUCAGUGACGUUAUGUUGACGGAUGGUAAUGACUGUCUGACUGCACAUUAUGUAACAUGACUGCUUAAAAAAAUAAAAACAUCAAUAAAUAAAUGAGUAAGUAAAUGGACAUGAAAUAAUUAUUGAGUUGAUAAUUUAUUAGUUACUAGUAGAGAUGACCAAGAUCAAUCAAAAUCAAAAAUCAAAAUCCCAGACAGCAGUGUAAUAAACUCUGUUAUGUGGGCCUCGUCUGACAUGGUAAGCAUAGGCUACUUUUUCAAAACUGAGCAGAAUGUAUGACUUUGGAUUUCGUAAUAGUGCUAUGACAGCUUGUGGUCAACCAGUCGCUAAUUAAUAAUGCAAAAUUGUGUAAAAAGCUUCAUUGUCUUUAUAAAAUGUGCAAUUAAAUUGCUCUUCUGUGAUCACUGCGUAUAGAUGCUGAUUGAUCCUAAACUUAAUAAAUAAGUUGGGUAAUCCAUUUGCUUGUGCUCACAUCCAGUACAUCUUUCUUCCUGUCUUACGGUGCGAGUAUGUAUAUGUGUCUUACAGCAGUGCAUGCUUAUGCUUGAGUAAUGAAAAGAGACCUUUUCUGAUGAUAAGUUCUUGAACCUAAAUCUAUUGCUGUGGCUCUCCAUGUCCAAGCUCCCAAAAAUGUGGGUGUUUUGAUGAGAAGUCCUUGUUUGAGAACAAGAGUUCAAGUGCCUCAGAGUUAAACUGACCAAUCUGAGGCCCUAAAUAUUUAGAUGUGAAUUGAUACCUACUUCUAACCCAAACUGUGCUCUAUACACUCAUAAGUCAUAUUAUCUGUCACUUGGCAGUAUGAGAGAUCACUGAGUAACUGAGAAUGACACGUCUACCGCAGGAGGUGAGUAAUACGUCAAGAAGACGCACCAGAAAAGGGCUGAGGGGGAGAUAUCGACCUAUCAAGCCCAUAUGGAGGUGACAGGGAAGGAUCACCGCAAAGCCGCAGCGUAGCGCGAAAAGGCACCUUUGAUAUUUCCCACAAUUCUGCUUUUCAACAAUGAGCCUGUUUCCUUCAACCCUGUCUUUCCAUGUGUAGUCAUGGUGGAUAUUGAUUUAGUUAUCACGCCUCAAAACCUCCUACAGCAGCCAGUGAAACUGGGGACAUUUUUAAGCAGGGGGCCAACGGACUAGAAACUGACAUGAAAAUCAUCAUGAAAAUGAAAAUCAUGCUGGUAUUUUUGCUUUUUGGACAUCCACAGCACAGAUGCUUUUAAUGGCUACGAAUCUGAUGUGAAGUGAGUUUUAAAGACCUAAUUUUAUACUAUUACAGCUUGAAUGCUUAACGCCAUGCAAACACCCGCAAUAAGUGUAAGCUGUCCUGUCAGAACCGCUUAACAGUGAAUCACAAAUUAGCUCUCAGAAAGCAACGGUGCUGGGAAAGCAACCAACAUGAUGGCAUAAAUGUGUUUUUUUCCUAACCGUAUUGGUCUUUUUGGAGUAUGCUGAUUAAAAUGUCUUUUAUCAUGAGUAGUAUUAGUACAAAAUGAUUCGGACAGGCUCGGAGGAGCUGUUAAUGAUUUGUUUGUGGGUUUAAUUAAUUUGAAUUUAAUCUCUUGUCUUUGCCAUUUAUCUUUUCUUCUAAACCCAUUAAAAGUAAAAGAGA